CGCUCGUCUGCACUCUGUACGAAGGCCCACUCGGUGACCAUGUCCACCGCCGUCGAGGUGACCGGCUUCGUGCUGUGUGUGGCCGCCUGGUUGCUCAGCGGCAUGGCGCUUGCCAACGACUACUGGAAGGUGUCUUCGUUCUCGGGCAGUGUGAUCACGUCGGCGCGGCAGUACGAGAACCUCUGGCACUCCUGCGCAGAGAGCAGCACCGGCAUCACCAAUUGCCGCGACUUCGAAUCCAUGCUCUCGCUGUCGGCCUACAUGCAGGCGUGUCGUGCGCUCAUGAUCAUCUCCAUGAUCCUCGGCCUCAUCGGAGUCAUCGCCUCCAUCAUGGGCCUGAAAUGCACCAAGAUCAGCUCAAGUGCCGAUGACACCAAGGCCAAGAUGGCCACGACCAGCGGCGCCAUCUACAUCUUGUCGGGCCUGUGUGUGCUGACGGCCGUGAGCUGGUACGCCUCCCGCGUCGUGCAGGACUUCAACAACCCGUUCUACUUCGACCUCAAGUACGAGUUCGGUGCCGGACUCUACAUGGGCUGGGGAGCCGCGGGCCUCUCCAUGGUGGGAGGAGCCUUCCUCUGCUGCUCCUUCAGAAGGACGAUGAAGGGAUCGGCGAACGGUGUGAGCGCCCGCCCCCCCCGCAGGCCGCGGAUGACCACGGUGACCGGUUACUGA